CAGCUGUUGGGCUGUCAGGAGCUCAGUGCGUUUCGUAUGUUUAGUGCGUUGGUUGCAUUGCGUUGUUUCAUUUGUUGCAAACGUCAAGAUAUGGACGAGCACACAGGACGGACACCUUCUUCCUAUUAGUGCCGUAAUAAUAAUGAUUGAACAAAUAAGCGCGAUGUGAGUGUGCCAAUUAACGACCGGGAGUGAAUCGGGUUUGAUACGAUGGUAAUCUGUCGACGAUACUGCACUCGUUAAAAAACAUUGUGCUGAUUUUGUGAGAGUUAAACACAAGAGGCGAAUUACCUCUGAAUUUUGUUUAUGCUGUUUAUAACAUUUCGCUCCAACAAUGAGUUCUAUGAUAAAAUUAGAAGAAUAUGAGCUCCUCACGGAUUCCAAAUAUCGGAUCUACGCUACAGCUGUUGAGAAGGCAUUGAAGAAUUUUGAGUACACUGCAGAAUGGGCUGAUUUAAUAUCAGCAUUAGGCAAAUUAAACAAAGUUUUGACAGCUUAUCAAAAGUUUCCAAUAACACCAAGAAGAAUAAAAAUUUGUAAACGUUUAGCACAAUGCAUGCACCCAGCUUUACCAUCUGGAGUGCAUUUAAAAGCUUUAGAAACAUAUGAUAUCAUGUUCAAAAGUAUGGGUACCAACAGGCUAGCAGAGGAAUUAUUCAUUUAUGGUGCAGGUUUGUUUCCAUUACUGGGACAUUCGGCGAUGUUCAUUCGUCCAACAUUGCUGCUUCUCUAUGAAACACAUUUCGUCCCGUUGCGCGAACGUCUACGUCCUGCAUUAAGCGGAUUUCUAAGCGGAGUGUUACCGGGAUUGGAGAUUGGUUCGGAUCAUUUUGACCGGACGAAUUCAAUCCUUGAAAAUGUAUGCGAAGGAGUGGGUCCCGAGUGGUUCUAUACCUGCAUUUGGCAGGGCAUUCGAAGUAAUAGCCCUGUUCGUCUUCCUGCAAUCAGUUACAUUCUCGCACAUUACAAUAGAAAACUGUCCAUGGAGGAUCAACUGUACUUGAUGGGGCGCGAUAUCGAUGUCAUGAUAUCUGGGCUGUGUGCAGCUGUGCAAGAUUCCAGCGUGUUGGUGCAAAGGUCAGCGCUGGACUUGUUAAUGGUGUGCUUCCCGACGUGGAACACGCAAUUGUUGUAUGCCGAUAUGGUCCGACUAGUGACGGCCGCUUUGACUACAAUCUUACGCCGUGACAUGUCGUUAAACAGAAGACUGUACUCUUGGCUGUUGACCAGCGAAACGCGUUCGGAGCGCAAUGCGGAUUUUCAAGUGGAGGACGAUGAGUCGGAUGCUGAGGAACCGACUACACCGACCAUCGCUAUUGAUUUAUUGAUGGAAGCAAUACGCGUUAUUUUAAAGCAGGGAAGCACUGAAAUUCCAUUAGACGUUAAACCUUAUCGGUUAUUAACGUCGUUGUUUGAUAAGCCACAAAUUGGUCCGAUGAUUCUCGACAAUAUCUUGUAUGACGUGUUUCGAGCAUUGUACACGUCGUGUUUGAAUUUGCAAAAACACAAGUCCAAUACCACACGUUGCGUUAGUUUUAAUGGUAAUUUGACGAGCUUAAAAGGAGAUGAAGACGCUUUGAAAAAGUCGUUUUUAACUCAACAUUGCCAAGAGUUAACGCGAAAUGCUAAUUUGUUGUUCAACACGCUUCAAACUUAUUACAUUUGGUCUUACAUUGAACGUUUAUUUGAAAAAUCGGUGACGAUGAAACGAAGCAGUAGGCAUCAGUAUGCUGUAAAUGAUAUUGGGUCUGGCGAGCCGAAUUUGCUCGAGAUCUGCGUUCUGACUGACUUUUUGUUAGAUAUCAUACCUAUUGAAACCUACGCGGAAAAUACGGUGGAAAUAUUACCGAAUUUGUUUUCCAAGAUAAUUAACGUUAUACGCGAACAGAAUAAGUCAAUAUCACAGGAGGAGAUACUUGCCAGUUUGAAACUGUGCUCGAAAAUAUUAACGAAAAUUCAGCCGUGUCCAACGUUUAUGCCUAAGGUAUCUAAAAUUGAAACACAAGUGGAAAAGGUGGACGAAAAAGAGGAUUCUUUUGAGGUAGAAAGUUUAAAGAAUGGCUUGGAGAAAAGCAAGUCUGAUUCAAAAAUAAACGAAAAAGCUUCAAAACAUGAACUGAGUAUAGAAGACGCAAGUCGCGAGCGCUCAAACAGUAAUCAGAUGAAGAAAAACAAAAACAAAGAUUCUCCGAAAAUUGAUAAGAAAAGUAAAAGUAAAAAGUCCAAAUCCAGUUCAAAACUGUACGAUUUGAAGAAAGAAGAUGUUGAGGCAGAUGCUGUAUCUCUUUCUCCAUCGGAAAAGAAGGAGGAACGAGUUGAGAAGCCUGAAAAGGUACAAGAAGAGCCUAUAAAGGUCGAAAACAAACACAUCAUCAUGUGCUUGAAAGUGUACAAACGUUUUUACGAAACAUUGUUAGCUGAUUUUAUCAUGCAGGAGCUGAAAGCCGAAGUGUUUUUUGAAAGUUUACUUAAAGAGAACACUUUGCGCAACAAUGAGCUGAUGGAAAUGCUAGAAGAUAAAUUAUAUGAACGUCCCAAGAAAUGUCCAUCCAAUUUGAGCGAAACGCGUAAUCAAACCUACACUGAGGCAUCAAACAUCUACGAUGAAUCAAUUCAGGUUGCUUCAAAUUUGUUGAUUGAAUUUGCGGCAUUUCCGAAUAUUUUACAGGAUGAUCAGGAGUUUGAAUUUCCGCAUUGGUUAAAAGUUCUCGUGGGCUGUUCGUGCUCUCCCAAGGCGAAUAAUAACGUCAAGAUUACGUGCAUGAACACAUUGUUGAAGAUCAUCAGCAUUUCGAAAACACAAAGUCUCGAGAAGCAUGCCAACAAUAACAAUGUAGUAUUAAUGGGAAUAUUGGAUAUUCAGCAUGUGAUAUUUAUCGAGGAAAACACAAUUGUUCUGGAGUGUAUUUGCGAGAUAUUGUGGGAUCUUUUGGGCUAUCUGAGUAAUCAAAAUCAGCUAAUAAUAUGCGCAAAUCUACUUUACAGCAUUCACAAUGUUUUCGACACGAAAAUGUUCGUCGAGCACGUCAUCGGUAAAUAUUUAGUCGAUGGGGUUUUAUGCACGGAUUAUUUCAAGCGGUUUUUCUUAUUGUGGCAUGGCGGACGCGAGCUAAAACUACGAAAUCCAUCCUUGAGCAAUUCGGCAAUGCGAAAUUUUGAUCAUUGUUUAUUGAAAAUAAUGGACAAUUUAAAUAACCAAGAGCGACCGAAUAUACGACUUCUUUCGGAAACGUUUGUAACGCACAGUUUGCUGCGGCAUGACAUUGCGAGGAUUAUAAAUCCUCUUCUGUCGAAAUUGUUGUCGGCGACAACGGCACGAAUAUCAAUUCGUUUUGUAAAUAUUGAAGACCCCGAGCUGCAAGCUCACAACCAAGCUGAGGGAGCUAAGGCGGAAGAUGUGAACGCGAAGAAAAUCUACGCAAUUAGUAGUGUGAAUGGUAAUGUGAUGUUUCAUGUAACUGACGGGCCAAGCCCGAAACCUUCGAAGAAGCGUUGGUUCCUGUUUCCGCGCCCUGGCAAAAAGGGAAAUCAGGUUGUCAACAUGACCACUAGUCUAACGGACAACUUAAACGUAGUCACGAAGCGCAAUAAAGACUUUAAACCCGACGUUUCACCAAAUAUUGAUCGUGCUAAAAACAACGUUAAAUUAUUUAUUAAUCCUCUGAGCAGCAAGGAAAUAUAUCCCAACGGAGUUGAUGGCUGUUACACCAAGUUGGACUCGCAUUCGUCCACUGAAAGUCUGUCGGAUAAUAAUACAAACGCCGAUUCGGGAUUCGUAUCUAUGAGUUUCCAUUCGGUAGCGGAAAAGAGAAGAUCCGAUAAUGACAAGCACAGUAUUGAUACAAAGUCCGAUGUUUUUAUCGAAGAAGGUGUUGAGAAGCCAGAACGUGUCAGUCGUAUGAAACGUUCGAAGAGUUUGGACGAGAAAACGCAUGCGGAUGUCGAAGAUCAUUUGCAGCACAGUUGGUCCGAAUCUGUAUCCGAGAGCGAUGUAAAUUCGUCACUCGAUGUUGUUCGAACCGCAGAUGCGGCCGAAGAUUAUUUUAAGAUGCCUUCCAAGGAAGCUAGCGAAGAUAUUGCACUGUUACUUAAUGACAUAUUAGAACAGGUCUGCCCUAACGAAACAAACGGAGCGAAAACGAAAAACUUUACUCUUUACCCAAUUCAUCAACACUUGUGCCUCUAUUACGAAGUUUUUGACUCCAAUCAAAUUAUUUAUACGCUUCGCACACUAAAGAACUGCAUCAACUCUAACCCGCUUCUAUUUAUUCGUUGCUUAGCCACGUCCGGAUUAAAGGACCUGCAAAGCAAUAACAUUUUAUAUUUGUUAGCGCGUCAUAGAAAAAGCAUUCAAGGAGGCGGUUUCGGCGGAGAACUGAGCCCAGAUCACAUUAAUGUCUAUCGUGGAUUCACUUUUCUGGACGUUCUAAUAACUAUUACAUUAAAUUAUAUCAAGAGUUUCUACCCUUGUCUGGAUGAUGUCAAACUUACAAGGACGGAGCAGGAUAACAAUUUGCAAAUUCAACUCGACUGCUUGGAAAUACUAGACAUUAUCAUAAAGCAUUUGAUUAAUAUUGUCAACGACAAUUCCAAAGGAUUCUCUGGUUAUAUUGCGGACACGCUGAAGAAAUGUAUCCUGCAGAAAGUGCUUUUGCAUUGCUUACUAAUGUCGGUGCGGAAUUUUGACGAGGACGCCUCGUUUGCCGAAGAAAUUUUACUUUUUAAUAAUUUUAAACUCUACGACAAUCAGAAGCGAGUUACCGAAUAUGUGGAAGCAUAUCAAAUCUUACUUUUAAGGCUUAUCAAUUCGUUGAUCAUACUAGAAUUUAAGGUAUUUCCGGAAACAGUGGAUACCCCUAAUGGCGAAACGGCGACCAUCUUAAUUCCGCAGCAAAGCAUGUUCUUGUCGGCGAUUUUGAGUGCACUAAAGCAUCAGAAUAUGAAACAUCUGCAUCAAAAUUGGUGUCAUAUGGUAACAUCAUGUCUGCCUUACUUUAACGACAACUUGAAGCAAAUUUCACUCACAGUGAUACAUCAGAUUUGUAAUAACAUCGAGAAGAUUGCGGACGCUUACAUGGCGACUGAACUCGGCGGUGAAUUAUGCGCAGAUUACGCGACGACACAAUUAGAAUCCCUUACGAUAUUGGUUCAUUAUAAUCUAUUGGACUCGACGCAGACGGCGAAUCAGAAUUUACCGACGUUGGGGAAUACGGCUUCCACGAUUGUGACAAACACUAGCGACAUUUUUAAUAAUUUGGUGAAUGCGUUCUUUAGUCCAAUCGGUGGGGAAGUCAACUUGACGAAUAAACACAAUAAAGACAACUACCAACUUGCCAGGAAGGCUAUCCUCAGCCACAUGCCCAGAAUUAUUUCAAGUGUUGCUAAGCUAUGGCAAACCAUUGUCAGCAUCGAUGGCGACUUUGAGGGCGUAUUUGGGCAUUCGAAAAUUGUGAAACAGCAGCUUCUGGAAUUCCUGAGUCCGAUUGCUGUGCAUCACAGCUCUAGUUUCUUGGCGGCGAUAGCCGUAGCAUGGCAUGAGAGGAAAAAUCCUUUCAUGAGUAUGAAAACUGCGCUCCCGGAACCAAAUACGAGUCAAAACAAUUUAGUCUAUUUAAUAUCAGCUAUCAGGGUAAUUCCGUUAGAUAACUUGGUGCAAACUGUAACUGCUGUGAUAAAAAAUCCGCCGCCCACGGAGGGUCUUAGUUCGGAAAUAUUUCUUGAUGUCUCCAUUCUUGAGUUGUUUUAUUGUUAUAUGAGAAAUACCACACCCACACAAAUAUCCGAAGCAUGGAGCUCGCUUCUUGCGUUAAUAAGAGAAGGCUGUUCGUUAUCGCCUCAAUGUCAAUUCCUACUGGCGGCGUUGCUGCACGAACUGAUGAUCAAGUGCUGUCCACUGGAAGAACGCAAAGAUCAAAAGGAUUUACAAGAUGUGACAUCAAAACUAAUCGAAUGCGUAUCGCAAGUAUGCGGUGCUUGUUUGGAACAGACAACAUGGCUGCGGCGAAACCUAGCCGUUAAAGAGCAGGAAGUUGAUUCAGCGUCUAGCGGAAGUGUGACACCCGGGAGCCAUUUAGAUGUCAUUAAUGUUGCUGCUAAUUAUAGCGUUCAAGCGCAGCUUGUGUUAUCUGAAAUAUUGGCACAGAUCUUGGAUAUAUGCUUCGGUUCGGUGGAGAAGGAUAAAGUCAAUAGCAUCCUGUCGUCACUGAUGGGUAACAUCGUGCCGUAUUUGCGGACGCACACAUUACGCAACAUGCCCAGUUUCAAUGCUUGCUCAAAAUUAAUGGCGAGCCUAAGCAGCUAUCAAUACACGCGGAAGGCUUGGAAAAAGGACGUGUUUGAUUUGCUAUUGGAUAACACUUUAUUCCAAAUGGACCAGGCUUGUUUGAAAUACUGGAAAGUUAUCGUUGACAAUUUGAUGACCCAUGACAAUACAACCUUUCGUGAUUUGAUGAUCCGAGUCUCUUUGACACAGAGCGGAAGUUUAAACAUUUUCGCAUCGCGGGAACAAGAAUACGAACAGCGUGCGCAUCUAUUAAAACGACUCGCAUUUGUUAUAUUCUGCAGUGAGACCGAUCAGUAUGCCAAAUAUAUGUCAGAAAUACAAGAACAAUUAACUGCCAGCCUGCGAUUGUGUGUGCCCAGUAUUCAAGCACAAGUGUUCAUGUGCUUUAGAGUGCUACUAAUUCGAAUGUCACCCUUGCACGUGACGUCAUUAUGGCCUAUCAUCAUCAGUGAAAUGCUGCAAGUGUACAUACAAAUAGAACAAGAAUUACAGACGGACAGCGAGGAGUUUAGGAACAAUAGCAGUGCACACAUCAAAUUUUUAUCUACUUUGGAUCCAAGUUGGACCCAAAAUAGCAACAAUGGACUUCACGCUUUAGGCAAUCCGCAUUGGUUGCGAUUACAGUUGGCCGCUGCCAAGCUUCUAGACUUGGCCCUGUUGUUACCGGCAACUUCACUACCACAGUUUCAGAUGUACCGAUGGGCAUUUGUCGAAGAUGAUGUGAACACAGACAUGACAGAAUCAACUUCCUUCACGCCACAUGUUUGUCGUAUCGCAAACCUUAUGGACCAAAAAUACGCCUCUACCGAAAUUGAACCCCUGCCUACCAAGCAAAACGAACUAUUGCUAACAGUGACUUCGAUCAAUCAAUUGCAAGAUUUGCAUCCGUUUUUCAAAACGCUCAGUCUUUGCUCGAAUCGCCACAGGUCCGAAUGCAACGGGUCCGUGCCCAACGAUCUCCUAAGCGACAAACCUGUCGAUAAGAAAAUGCAAGUCGUUCUUGAGAAGUUAGAUAAGGUCGUGGAAGCCGAUUUCUUAGACAAGAUUCCGAGAUAAAUCCAUUAUUGUUUGUUUACAAUCGCGCUACUGUAGCUAAUUAAUUUAUACACACUAAAUCGUUACUAGGGCUAAGUUCCAAAGAUUAUGGGAUGCAUUGGAGACAUUCAGUAUUACUUUUAAACGAAUUGAAACACGUCCGUCUUCACUGAUGAUUUGCGAGUGAGAAAUAUUAAAUAUUGGAAGGAUUAAACGUCUACAUCUAAGGUUAUAAAUUAAGUAAAGCAUUUUUUCAAUAAAGCUAAUUGUUACUUAAUUGAAUUUAUUCAAAACACAUUUUUACAUUUUAAAAUAAUAUAAAGAGUAUGAUUAGGUACAUAAAUUUCCAGAGAAGAAAUUAUGAAAUUGUGAUUUUCUAUGUGAUGUUUUAAUUCAAAUGACACGCCGGAUUGAAUGGAUUGAUACUUGAUUGAUGAACCCUAGGCGAUAAACGGUAACAUAAGGAAUAAAUAAUAUAUUACAUUUUUUGUUAAUUGAAUUGUAAACACACGGAUAUGUUAAUAAAUUAAUUUUAACUAA